GAAAAGAAAACACCCUUGGCGUUGAUUUUUCUACCCAAAAAUGUGUAACCGGAGGUAGGCCGGAAAAAGGGUCGCUCUCAUCAUCAUGAUGGACGGAAUUACGACAGUUGAGACAUCGACGAGCCCGAACGGAAAGUCACCGCUGUCAAAGUUUCAACCAGCGCACGCUUCUGUUUCCGCGCCGCCGGCAACCUUCAACGUCCGUCUUUCGUUGGCGCUUCCAAGAAGAAGGAACAGCAGAUGCGCUGGCGUGAGCAUUAUUUCGCUUCCGCAACUACACACAGCAUUGGCGUAGGUUCGACAGAGCCCCCCGGACAGAAAGCGGGAACUGGGCGAUACCAAUACAGUGACCGAACCUACGUUACGAUGAAGCAGUUCAACUUUAAAGGUUUGAUGGCUCCCGUUUUCACACCUUACUUAAAUGGAUGUGAAGAGAUAAACUUCGACGCCAUUGAACCGUACGUUCAGAUGCUAAAGGCAAAGAACGUAGGCGGAAUCCUUGUCAACGGUACAUCCGGCGAGGGAAUGCUGCUGAGCGUUGGGGAACGAAUUGCUGUAACGGAGGCUUGGCAACGAUCGUGCCGAAAGCAUGGCAUAUCGAUGAUGGUGCAAAUCGGAGGAGCACCCUUUCCGGAUGUAGUGCAACUGGCCACACACGCUGCAAAGAUGGACGCCGAUGCGGUUCUUUGUCUACCGGAACUGUACUUCAAGCCCAAGACAAGCGUCUCAUUAGUAGCGUAUCUGGGGGCUGUGGCAAAGCAUUGUCCAACCAUCCCAUUUUUCUACUACCACAUUCCGAUGUUCACCGAUGUAAACGUUCACAUGCCAACGUUCCUUGAUUUGGCCGAAAAAGAGAUUGCAAAUUUUCGUGGCAUUAAGUAUACGAGCGGAGAUCUCGACCAAGGCAGCGCCUGCUUGAAGGAGGGUCGUCAAAUAUUUCUAGGAGCCGAUACGAUCUUGUGCGGGGCUGUGGCUGCGGGUUUCGAUUGUUUCAUUAUGACCACCAUCAAUAUCUGUCCGGAAAUGGCCUUUAAAAUUAUAGCUGACACAAAUCGCGGGGCCUUAGAUGAGGCUCGGAAAGAACAGCGCGCUCUUAACGAGCGCAUUUCAUCCAUCCUGCAGCAAGGCGAUUGGGUUACGGCCAUGAAGAAAGCUUUUGCGGAAAGUUUUCCUUUGAUUGCGAUGGGUAAGACGCGUCCUCCGCUUAGCUACGCAAAGUGAGUGAGGAGUGUAAUGGAUCAGAAUGCUUCUUUAUUGAAACAGAAAGCUAACUUUAUCAGUG